CAGAUUUGGUCAGUCUUGCGCUCAGCGGCUGUCAGCAGCAGCACACACACACACACAUACACACACGAGUCUGAACUCCGCGUCUCUUUGUCCGCGAUCAUCGCGCUCUCGUCAUGACACACAGGUGAUCUUCAGUCCCGGUGCUUCUGGGAGUCCAGGUCUGUGUGGCGAGAGAGAGCAAAAGAGAGCGGCCGCUGUAAAGGUGAAGGGAUUACCCAGGGUCACAGCACCCAGAGUCUGAAGGAGAGCAGCAGUUUUCCAGGCAGGACUGUAGAUCAGGAUGGAGAAGGAAGACCUGAAGAUUGUCAACAAGGGUUUGGAGGAUGAGAUGGAGUUGAGUGGAUAUCUGCUGUGCCGAUGGAAGCUAGCUCUGGUGGCUGUCGUGGGUGUCUGUUCGGGCGGUUUUCUCUUCCUGCUGCUCUAUUGGAUGCCUGAAUGGUGCGUGAAGGCCACAUGCACACGGACCGUCGUCAGAGACGCAGAGGUCGCCCUUUUACGAAGCACUGACGAGUUUAAACGCUGGUUUCGAGCGAGGGUUCGGGUCAUGCAGGCCCCUGGGAAGAACCCUUACGACAGCCUGGUACCUCAGACCGCCUCCCGUCAGGCCAAUGACCACGCCCAUAACACCUCUGACUCCACCCCUGAUAAAAUCACCAGGAACACGGAGGACCAGCAUGUACAGGUACUGCAGAUCCGCUAUUUUACCCUCCACAGCACUAAAUACUUUUGGAACGACACCAUCCAGAACUUUGAAGUGUUGAAAGGCCUGGAGGAUCUGGGCAUGACCUGCUCAUCCAUUCACUUAAAGCACAGCGCUGGGCUCUGUAAAAACCAGCAGGAGUUCAGGAGAUUUUUUUUCGGACAGAAUGAAAUUGACGUGAAAGUGCCUUCACUUUUCAAGCUGCUAAUUAAGGAGGUCCUCAAUCCUUUCUACAUCUUCCAGCUCUUCAGUGUUAUCCUCUGGUGUACUGAUGAAUAUUAUUACUACGCAAUGACCAUCGUCGUCAUGUCAUUCAUAUCAAUAGCUACCUCUCUCUACACUAUUAAAAAGCAAUAUGUAAUGCUACACGACAUGGUGGCAGCACACAGUACUGUUCGAGUGACCAUCUACAGGGGCGAAAACGAAACUGAGGAAGCCCUGUCCACAGACCUGGUCCCCGGUGAUGUCAUCGUUAUCCCCAGUAACGGGACCAUCAUGCCCUGUGACGCAGUGCUCAUCUGUGGAACCUGCAUUGUUAAUGAGAGCAUGCUCACAGGUGAGAGUGUUCCAGUCACAAAGACAGACCUUCCAAACCCUGAGCGGGACAGGAGGGGUAGUGAUGGAGACACAAUCUACAGCACAGAGGAACACAAGAGACACACGCUGUUCUGCGGCACAAACGUCAUCCAGACCCGAUACUACACAGGAGAACUGGUCAAAGCCGUGGUGGUCCGGACCGGUUUCAGCACUGCUAAAGGGCAGCUCAUUCGGUCGAUACUGUACCCCAAACCCACUGACUUCAAACUGUACAGGGAUGCCUACCUGUUCCUGCUGUGCCUGGUGGCCGUGGCCAGCGUCGUCUUUGUCUAUUCGUUGGUCAUGAAGAUCAUUAACCAGGAACCAGUAAAGGAGAUAAUUGUCAAGUCUCUGGACAUCAUCACCAUCACAGUGCCCCCUGCGCUGCCGGCAGCCAUGACAGCGGGUAUUGUCUAUGCUCAACGGCGCCUCAAGAAAGUGGGGAUAUUCUCCAUCAGUCCACAGAGAAUCAACAUCUGCGGCCAGUUGAACCUGGUGUGCUUUGACAAGACAGGCACCCUCACAGAAGAUGGCCUGGACAUGUGGGGAAUUCAGAGGGCAGAAGACGGCAGAUUCCAUCUUUCAGAAGAAAAAGCAGACAACAAAAGAUUAGUGAUGACCAAGUUUGUGUCCUGCAUGGCCACCUGUCACUCCCUCACUAAGAUCGAGGGUCAGCUCUCUGGAGAUCCACUGGACCUCAAGAUGUUUGAGGCCACGGGCUGGAUGCUGGUGGAAGCCACAGAAGAGGAGACGGCUCAUCACGACCGCAUUGAGCUCACUUAUGUAAAACCACCCAAUCAGCUGCUUCCGCCAGCAGUGAUAUCACCAGAGCAGGACAUGGAGCUGUCUGAACUCUACGAGCUGUCGGCGUCAUAUAUGAUCGGUAUUGUGCGGCAGUUCUCGUUCUCCUCCGCCCUGCAGAGAAUGAGUGUGGUCGUUCGUCAGAUUGGAGAGAGACGUAUGGAUGCGUACCUGAAAGGAGCACCGGAGGUCGUGGCAAGCCUGUGUAAGAAAGAGACAGUACCAGAGGAUUUUGCAGAGGUUCUGGAGGACUACACCAAACAGGGCUUCCGGGUCAUCGCGCUGGCACACCGACGGCUAGAAUCCAAACUUACAUUUCACAAAGUGCAGAACAUCAACAGGGAUCAAAUAGAGAAGAAUAUGGAUUUUCUGGGCUUAAUUAUCAUGCAGAAUAAACUGAAAACAGAGACUCCGGGUGUACUGGAAGAUCUACGACGUGCCAACAUACGCACCAUCAUGGUCACAGGUGACAACAUGCUAACCGCAAUCUCUGUGGCUCGAGACUGCGGCAUGAUUCAGCCACAAGACAGCGUCAUUAUUGCCGACGCUCUGCCCCCUAAAGAUGGCCAGGCUGCCAAGAUCAACUGGCGCUAUGCCGAUAAACCCAGCAAAAACUUGAACAAGACUACCAAACUAGAGGAGAUGGAGAUUAUCAUGGAGGAUGGACAUGCUGUGGAUGAUCAGAGACUGCAGGAACAGUAUCACUUCGCCAUGAGCGGGAAAUCUUUUGCUGUAAUUACAGACCAUUUCCAGGAUCUGCUGCAGAAGCUGGUGCUUCAUGGGACCGUAUUUGCGAGGAUGGCACCUGACCAGAAGACUCAACUUGUUGAGACAUUAGAAAGUGUAGACUACUUUGUGGGAAUGUGUGGUGAUGGUGCGAACGACUGUGGGGCGUUGAAGAGAGCUCAUGCUGGAAUCUCCCUGUCAGAGCUGGAGGCUUCAGUGGCAUCUCCAUUCACCUCCACGACUCCCAGCAUCUCCUGUGUGCCCAAUCUGAUCAGGGAGGGCAGAGCGGCUCUCGUCACCUCAUUCUGUGUCUUUAAGUUCAUGGCUUUGUACAGUAUUAUUCAGUGCCUCAGUGUCGCCCUGCUGUACUCUAUUGGCAGUAAUCUUGGAGAUUUUCAGUUUCUCUUCAUUGAUAUAGCGAUCAUUCUUCUUAUUGUUUUCACCAUGAGUCUGAACUCUGCCUGGAAGGAGCUGGUGGCCCGACGACCUCCCUCUGGUCUCGUCUCGGGUCCUCUUCUCUUCUCAGUUCUCACCCAGAUUGUCAUUUGUCUGGGUUUCCAGAUCAUGGCCUUCCUCUUGAUCCAAAAUCUAGACUGGUACUUGAAUGCUGAUUUCUACAACUGCUCUGCUCCCAUUCAUGCUGAUAACUCCACAGAGAGUGAAGAAAAUAUCAUGAACGACGUUAAUACCACACUGUUCUUCAUCUCCUCCUUCCAGUACCUCAUUGUUGCCAUCAUCUUCUCCAAAGGAAAACCUUUCCGUCAGCCCAGCUAUAAGAACUGGCCAUUCGUCCUCUCCUCUCUCAUUCUCAUCGCUUUCCUGUUUUUCAUCAUGUUCGUCCCCAUCUCUGGCAUCUAUCAGUUUUUAGAGAUUGUGUGCAUUCCUUUGAACUGGCGGGUGACUCUGGUGUUAAUCGUGCUAAGCAACUUCAUAGUGUCUGUCUUCAUUGAGACCGUCGUGCUUGACGUCAUCUUAUGGAAGCAUGUGUUCAGCAGAGACAAGCAGGGCAGCUAUGGCGUCUCCCCUGCAGGCCCGACACCACAGGGUGGAAUAGACAUGUAUGGAUCUAAAUGCCUCUCUUGUCUGUGCUGCCGGCGGAGGAAAAUACCCAAGGCUCGGUACAUGCACCUGGCCCAAGAGCUGAGCGUGGAUCCCGACUGGCCUCCCAAACCUAAGAGCACUACUGAAGCCAAACCCGCCUCUCAUGCGGACGAAUGUUCUUACCAGAUCGAGGCUGUUUCCUAGCAUUUGCACGCACACUCCAUUCUGCACGUCCAAACCACCAAGGAUUUCUAAAAUGUGUGAAAUGCUUUUUGUUGAAAUAGACGCCAAAAACGGAAACCUGCGAGAAAGAGAGAGUUUGAAAUAACACCUCACUGAGUUUCGUUGUCUCUCUUCUUUGAUUUUUUCUUCUUUUAAUGGGUGGGGUUCACAGGCUGGGAACUGUGUUUGCCCCACCCCAAUGUUCCCUUAAGACAUAACACAGACGUAAGAAUUGGAUCAAAGUCAUUAUUUCCAGAUGUGGAUCUUUCAUGAACCUGGUGGGCUUCUUUCGAUGCUUCUUUGAUCAGUUUUGGCUGUGUAGUGGAGGACUUAAAGCAUUAUGAUCCUGUCGUUGUAGUACGGGCUCUAUGGGAAAGGCUAAAUGCUGUCGCUAUGGAAACCAUCACUGCAGUCUUCAUGUGCAACAUACCAAACUGUAAUGGCUCACAACAUUUCAGCCCAUUUUGAUGAAUAAAUCAACAUUUUAUAUAUAUAUAUAUAUAUAUAUAUAUAUAUAAUGCUCAAUUUGUUUCUUUUCAUAUUUCUUCCCAUGGAAGAAUCGAGGCGGGAUUCAGUUGUGUCAGGCCAAACACAGUCAGUCGUUUGUGUUCACUUCUCUUGGUGCAGUGCAGGUUUUGAUUUGGUACAUCCUGAAACUCUACGGCAUAAUCAUAAUUGCAGUGACACGGGCAAUUUCAGAAUGCUUAUUGAUUCUAUGUUAAAUUUAGAUUAUAAUUUACAUUAGUGUUUAUAUUUUUACAUUAUAUUUGCUAGUGAAUUGAAAUAGUAAUAACAUGUUGUACAUGUAAUAUGGACAGUAAUGUAAAGUUUUAAUGGUAUAGUUCACCCAAAAAUUUAAAUUCUCUCAUCAUUUACUCACCCUCAUGUCAUCCCAGAUGUGCAUGACUUACU